CUCACCUCUUUCACAAAAGAAAGAAACAAUUUUCGAAAAUGAAGUCCGUGAUAACUCUCGUCCCACUCUUACUCCUCUUUCUUUCUUCUCUCCUCUUUGGAGACAUCACUGGAGUGGAGAGCUCAAAGCAUCAUCAGCGUAACUCAUACGGUUCAACAAAGCUGUUUGUGUUUGGAGAUUCUAACGUUGAUACCGGAAACCUGAAGAAAAAUGAGUCUGAAGCAUGGAUAGUCCCUUAUGGUAUCACAUACCCUGGUACACCUUCCGGCCGUUACUCUGACGGCCGUGUCUCUACCGAUUAUCUAGCCAAAUUUCUGAGGAUAAAAUCACCCAUCCCAUAUCAAAUGAAAGAUCACGUGGGACAUGAACGGUUACAAUAUGGAAUGAAUUUUGCGUACGGAGGAACCGGAGUCUUCGACACGGUUUAUCUUAAAGGUUUGGAUAUGACAUAUCAGAUCGGUCUCUUUGAGAAACUCAUUGGCGAUAUCUACUCUCCAUCCGACCUUUCUUCUUCCCUCGCCCUCGUCAGUGUUGCUGGCAAUGACUACUUUACUCACAUCGUCGACAAUGGCAUAUCCUUGAGCAUCUUUCAAAUUGUGAAGCGAGUCAUCAAUCAAAUCGAGGUGAAUUUGAGGCGGAUACACGCCUUGGGAGUGAAAAAGAUAGCAAUACCGUCAUUACAGCCGCUCGGGUGCCUCCCCAUGUACACCAGAGGCUCCUCGUACCAGAAGUGCAACGACAUUAUCAACGCGUUGACGAUCAUACACAACAGCGCCUUGCAGAAAGUAGUGGCUAAACUCAACAAGGAGACCAAGCAGUCUACAGCCUUCGUGGUCCUUGACUACUACAAGGCCUUCUUGACCGUCCUCAAUAACAAAGGAGAGAAUCCAGGGAUUACGAAUUUUAAAACUCUAUACAAGCCGUGUUGCGAAGGAGAAUGCGGAUCUGUGGACAUGAACGGUGUGAAGAACUAUACCUUAUGCGAUGAUCCUAAUUCUGCUUUCUUCUGGGAUGAAUUUCACCCUGGCCAGCAAGGAUGGAACGCGGUUUACUCGGUUUUGACCAAAAACCUAAGAGCAUUGUCGGUUUGAUCGAAAACCUGAAAUAUGUUUGCUUACGAUUUCAAAUUUUCUUCAUCGUUAAGUGUUUUUCUUCUUUUAUAACUCUUAUCUCUCUACGUCUUUUUUUAUUGUGUGUUUAAGAAUAAAAGUGUGAACUUUAAGAUUGAAAUAAAACACUCUUUGUAUUA